AACAACAAGAAGCUGAAAAACAAGGAAGUGAAUGAUUGUGAAGCCGUAACCCGUUAUAAGGCCGUGACAAGAUACGCAGAGCUCCGUUUUAAUCUGAUAUUCCUCAGCCUCCGGAUCAGACCACAACAAUGAACAACAAAGGUUCAUACCCACAGCAGGCUGUGUACCCUCAGCAGAGCUCUGCACCUGUAUACCCUCCUGCUAUGCAAAUGUCUCCUCAGGCACCUCCUUACACAGACACACCACCUGCAUAUUCUGAGAUAUACCAGCCCAGAUAUGUGCUUCCACAUCAGGUGCCCAGUCAGGUGGCACAGAUGUCCUCUCACUACCCUGGUGCUCAGAUGUUUAUGCCCAUGCAGGCACACAUGCCUGUUGGGCAAAUGGGCCAGAAUGUCCCCAUGGCCUAUUACCCCAUGGGAGCCGUGUACCCCCCUGGUUCAACAGUGAUGGUGGACAGCGGCUUUGAUGCUGGUGCUCGUUUCACAGCAGGCAGCAGUGUUUCAAUCCCA